AACAGUAUACACUCGGCUGAUGCACUGCUGUUGUGUUUUGCAAUUUUCCGUAUAAAUAGGCAAGUGUUCAAUGCAAUUCUAUGUCAAAUCGUUACCAACUAUCGACACAAUAAAAUGUUCAAGCUGUGCGUAUUUGUUGCUCUGCUGAGCCUGGCGGCUGCUGCCCCCGCUCCAGCACCUGUGCCGGCGCCCGCUCCCUCUGGCCUCUGGGGACCCACCGUGGUUGGACCCAGCAUUUGGGGACCCACAGUUGUUGGACCACAUGUCCUUGCAGCAGCUCCAGUCGCUGUUGGACCACACGUUGUUCAUGUUGUGCCCGGCGCAGUGUCCCAUGUCUCUGUCAGUCAGCUGCAUCCCUCGCCUGUGCUGGUGAAGAGCAUAUGGUAAAAGCUGGCUUGAAGUUGAGACACAGACGGACACACACACACACACACACCGACACAUGCACACACGCGCUGAACACACGUAGCCAACGGCUAAUCCCACUCCUGACAUUAUUUAACCAGCUGAAAUUUCACGUGCCCUGUUUAUGAAACAACAGCAACAACAAAAAUCACAAAAAAAAUGUUUAAGAUUAUAAUAAAUAAAAUGUCCUUACAAAAAUAAUUCCUAUAGCGAGCGAA